UCGAACAAAAAAAAAAACAAAGCACACACACAUAUAUAGUAAUCAAAAUGAAGAUGGGUUUGUGCGCCAUUGCUGUUUUGUUGUCGUGGGCUUCAAUCACAUAUGCAGCAGAUCCCAACCCUCUUCAGGAUUUCUGUGUUGCUCUUCCUGAUAACAAGUCUGAUGUUUUUGUGAAUGGGAAGUUUUGCAAGGACCCCAACUUGGUGGUUGCAGAGGAUUUCCUUUUCCAGGGUCUCAACAUUCCCGGAAACACAUCCAACCAGCUCGGCUCGGCCGUGACCGCAGUCAACGUUAAUCAGCUUCCAGGCCUCAACACGCUGGGCGUUUCCUUGGCUCGGCUGGACUUCGCCCCCUACGGGUUAAACCCACCCCACACCCACCCUCGGGCAACGGAAGCCUUCCUGUUGUUGGAAGGAGCACUCUACGUGGGGUUCGUCACUUCUAAUCCCGCUAAUGCUAACCAGAGGAACAAGCUCUUCACCAAGUACUUGAAAGCCGGAGAUGUCUUCGUCUUCCCACAAGGUCUCAUCCACUUCCAGAUCAACGUCGGCAAGACCAACGCCGUUGCUUUUGCUGGCUUCGGUAGCCAAAAUCCGGGCGUCAUUACCAUUGCCAACGCGGUGUUUGGGUCGGAUCCGAAGAUCAACCCUGGUGUGUUGGCCAAGGCCUUCCAAGUUGAGAAGAACAUCAUCGAUUACCUCCAGGCUCAGUUCUGGCCCAACAACAACUAAACAUUCUACCUAUACUAGACUUUGGGAUGAGGCAGACAUUAUAUGUUCUGUUUUUUUAAUUCUGCCAAACAGUCUUUACUUACUACAACUGCUCCACUAUGGGAAACUUAUGUAUUCCCAAACUGCAUCUGUGAUGAUGCUAUACUAAUAAAAAUUCAUGUUAUGUCCACAAUAA